CAAUUCUCUUUCAGUUAACAACGGAAGGCGGUGCACUGCGCGUUAUUAUCACUUAUAAACGUCCGUUAAGUUUUAUUACGAGCACAGUUCGAGCCAAGACGCUGUGAACAUGAGGUUUUUAUUAACUCUCAUGUUUUUUGUGUUUCAAGUGUAUGGCCAUUGGAUUCCCUCUGAUAAGUGCGGAUAUGAGUCUUGUCAUAAAACAAAACCUGGAAUGAUAAACGUUCAUAUAGUACCACAUACUCAUGAUGAUGUUGGAUGGUUAAAAACGGUUGAUCAAUAUUAUUACGGCAGUAAACAAGAUAUUCAAAAAGCGGGUGUUCAAUACAUAUUAGAUUCAGUGAUGGAUUCAUUACGUAAAAAUAAAGAUAGACGUUUCAUUUACGUCGAAACUGCUUUCUUUUGGAAAUGGUGGAUGAAACAGCACGAUUUCAUGAAACACAACGUGAAGAAGUUUGUUAAUAACGGUCAAUUAGAGUUUAUUGGAGGAGGUUGGAGUAUGAAUGACGAGGCAGCCACUCAUUAUCAAUCGACAAUUGACCAAUUUACUUGGGGAUUAAGGAAAUUGAACGAAACCUUCGGUGCUUGCGGAAUACCGAAAGUUGGAUGGCAAAUCGACCCGUUUGGUCAUAGCAGAGAAAUGGCUUCGAUGUUUUCGCAAAUGGGAUACGAUGGGUUAUUAUUGGGAAGGAUCGAUUAUCAGGAUAAAAGUUUUAAAUUUGAAACAAAAUCACCCGAAUUUGUUUGGCGUGCAACUGAUAGCUUAGGUAAUAACACCGACUUAUUCACAACUGUAAUGUACAACACUUAUGGACCUCCUCCUGGUUUUUGUUUCGAUACACUUUGCGACGAUGAACCAAUAAUUGAUAACAAAAAGAGCCCCGAUUACAACGUCGAUAAAAGAGUAAAGGAAUUUUUUGAGUAUCUUGAUAAUGUUACCAAUUCAUAUGCCACAGACAAUGUAAUUAUUACAAUGGGCGAAGAUUUUAAUUAUCAAGAUGCGAAUAUGUGGUUUAAAAAUUUAGACAAGCUUAUUCAAUAUGGAAAUGAAAUGCAAAAAAAUGGAUCUAAAUAUCAUUUAUUAUAUUCGACCCCAUCGUGUUACUUAAAAGCGGUUAAAGACAAUGGAAAAGAGAAAAAAAUUUCAUUUCCAAUUAAAUCAGAUGAUUUCUUUCCAUACGCCUCAGAUCCUAAUUCAUAUUGGACAGGAUAUUUUACCUCAAGACCAACAUUAAAACGAUUUGAGCGAAUGGGAAACAAUUUCCUACAAGUUUGUAAACAACUAUAUUGUUUAGUUGAUUUGGGUCCAGAAGAUUGGGUUGAUUUAAAUUUCAUGCGUGAAGCAAUGGGAGUCAUGCAACAUCAUGACGCUAUAACAGGAACUGAAAAACAACAUGUAGCUUUUGAUUAUGCGAGAAUGUUGUCGAAAGGGUUUGAUGAGUGCCAGUUUAUUACAGCAACUGCUUUAAGUCAACUAGUAACAGGUCACGACCCGAAUAAACCGAGAUAUGAUCCGUUGCCUGAAAUACAGUUCGAAUCUUGUUUACUAGCAAACGUCAGCCAAUGCGCUUUUACGGAAAAAGAAAAUAAUUUUAUUGUAACCGUAUACAAUCCAUUAAGCAGACCUGUAGACUAUCAUGUAAGAUUACCAGUAACAGGUAGUGCUUAUGAUGUACUUGAUUCAAAUGGAACAAAGAUACCUCGUGAUUUAAUUCCAACAGCCGAUUUUAUACAAAAAAUCCCAGGUAGAUUUAGUGCAUCAAAAGCUGAAUUAGUUUUUAAAGCAGAACAAGUUCCUGCUUUGGGAUUUUUAUCGUAUUAUGUACAAAAAUCUUCUGGAAAUAAUAUUCUACAAGCACAAAGUGGUUAUCAACUAAAACAAGGGAACAUAAGAGUAAAUAUAGAACCCAACACAGGAAAAAUUGAAAACAUUCAAAUGAAUGGAAAAACUGUUCAAUUUACUCAAGACUUCUUGUACUAUUUCGGUGCCGUCGGUAACAACGAAAUUUCCGCAAAUAGAUCAUCAGGUGCUUACAUAUUCCGUCCAAAUUCCUCCGAACCAAUUCAAAUGACGAAAAAAGUAUCAUAUAGGCUUUAUCAAGGCUCCGUUGUUUCUGAACUCCACCAAGUUUUUAAUGAAUGGACAAGUCAAAUUUUAAGAGUUUAUAAUAAAGAAAAUAACAUUGAAUUCGAUUGGGUUGUUGGUCCAAUUCCAAAUGAUACAAUCGCUGGAAAAGAAGUCAUCACUCGAUACACAACCAAUCUUAAAUCAGAUUCAAUCUUUUAUACUGAUUCGAAUGGAAGAGAGACGUUAAAGAGAGUUCGAAAUUUCCGACCAACUUGGAAACUUAAUAUUUCAGAACCAGUUUCUGGAAAUUAUUACCCGGUGACAACGAAAAUAAGCAUGAGAAGUGUUGAAGAUGAUGUUGAAGUCGCUAUUUUAACCGAUAGGGCUCAAGGUGGAACCAGUUUAAACAAUGGCGAACUUGAAUUAAUGUUACAUAGAUCUUGCAAACAUGAUGAUGCUUUUGGGGUGGGAGAGGAAUUGAUGGAACAAGCGUUUGGGAAAGGUUUAGUCGCAAGAGGAACGCAUUAUUUAGUGUUAGGGCCAUAUUUAAGUAAAGGAGAUGAUACUGUAGCGGCUCAAGAGCAUGAUGUUAUUCAACGUAAAGUUUUAUCAGCUUGGACGUUUUUAUCGCCAACAAAUAAUCUCGAUCCUAAUCAAUAUAGAAAAACAUAUAAAAUGGAGUUUUCAGGUCUACAAACAAAUUUACCCAAUAAUGUUCAAAUAUUAACAUUAGAACCAUGGAAAGGAAUGGAUUUCUUACUUCGUUUGGAGCAUGUAUUUGAAGCUGAUGAAGAUUUGGAAUAUUCUAAACCAGUAUCAGUAAAUCUAAAAGAACUUUUUUCAUCAUUUGAUAUUAUUUCGUAUCGUGAAACUACGUUAGGAGCUAAUCAAUGGAUUGAAAAUAAAUCGAUCCAAAACGUAGAUUUGGGCGAAAAAAUGGAGGCGAUUUUGGCUAAGAAAGUUUUAGAUAACAUGAACACCAACGACGAUGUUCAAGAUACUUUAAAAUGGAACUCUUUAGUUACCAAGUACAAUCAUGACCAGACGAAAUCGAAUGAUAUAUGGAUAUCUUUUAAACACAAUAUCAAAAAUCCAACAACUUCUGAGAUAGUAGAUGAUUUUAUUGUAACUUUAAAACCCAUGGAAAUAAAAACGUUUGUUAUCGAGAUCAAAAUGGGUGCAAUGAUGAAAAGAGCAUUAAUUUUAUUCGCGAUUAUUUUCGCGACAAUUUCUGCAAUUCCCAUAACUCAUAACAACAACGCUAAAGCUGGUUGCGGUUAUCAGUCAUGUCCUAAAGUUUCUUCGGAUACUCUUAAUGUUCACUUAGUUCCACAUUCUCACGAUGAUGUCGGAUGGUUAAAAACUGUUGAUCAAUAUUAUUGGGGAGCAAGAAAUUCAAUUCAAAGAGCGAGUGUCCAAUAUAUCAUCAGCUCGGUUGUUGAAGCUUUAAGACAAAACCCUGAGAGGAGAUUUAUCCAAGUAGAAUCAGCAUUUUUCUAUAAAUGGUGGCAAGAUCAACCAGAAAGAGCUAGAGAACACUUUAAAGAACUAGUUGAUAAUGGACAAUUGGAAAUUGUUGGUGGAGCAUGGAGUAUGAAUGAUGAAGCAGCAGCUCAUUAUCACUCAAUUAUCGAUCAAUUCACUCUGGGAUUACAAACCGUAAAUGAUACCUUAGGUGAAUGUGGAAGACCAAAAAUUGGGUGGCAAAUUGAUCCGUUUGGUCACAGUAAAGAAAUGGCAUCAAUAUUUAGCCAAAUGGGUUACGAGGCCUUGUUCUUUUCCAGAUUAGAUUGGAGAGAUAAAAGCGAACGGUUAACAACUAAAACUCCAGAAAUUAUUUGGGAAGGAAGUGAAAGUUUAGGUGGUCUUUCAAGUAUAUUCACAUCAGUAUUAUAUAAUCACUACAGCGCCCCAUCUGGUUAUUGUUUCGACGUUUUAUGCAAUAACGACCCAAUUAUUGAUGAUAUUUCCAGUCCUGAAUAUAACUAUGAAGAAAAGAUUAUAGGUUUUGCUGAUUUUAUAAACACCCAAGCCCAAUAUUACACAACAAACAACAUAAUCAUCACAAUGGGUGAUGAUUUUAAUUACCAAGAUGCCCUUUCUUAUUUUUCAAAUAUGGAUAAAUUAGUUCAAGGAUUCAAAGAUUUCCCCCAAUAUUACGGAGAUAAAAAGAUUAAUCUCAUUUACUCAACACCGUCUUGUUAUGUAAAAGCUGUAAAUGAAGAAGCGACAGCUUCACAGAUAGCAUUCAAAUACAAAACGGACGAUUUUUUCCCGUAUGCAAGUGAUCCUCAUGCUUAUUGGACCGGAUAUUAUUCCUCAAGACCUACAUCAAAGAGAUUCGAAAGGCAAGGAAAUAAUCUUUUACAAAUCGUUAAACAAUUAUCGACAUUCAUUCAAGACGGUGAUAAAGAUGAUGCAACGAAAUCUUUAAGAGAUGCGAUUGGAAUCAUGCAACAUCAUGAUGCUAUUACUGGAACUGAAAAGCAGCACGUUGCAGAUGAUUAUCAUAGAAUUUUAACGAUUGCCAUUGAACAAAGUACAGAACGUGUUAAUAAAUUACUUUCUGUAUUAUUACCAACUUCAGGUUCUGAGGGAAUUGAUUUAGGCCUAGAAAGUUGUUUGCAAGCUAAUGUUUCGAUUUGUUCUUUAACAUCUGAUAAGAAUUUCAUAGCGGCUAUUUAUAAUCCGCUAAGUAGACCUGUCUCUACUUUUGUUAGGUUACCAGUUGAGAAUGAAGCUUAUGAUAUUGAAGACCCUAAUGGUAAUAAAAUUCCAUAUCAAAUUCUCCCACCGAUUGACGACUUUAAAUUUAUGGAUGGAUCCGAAACACCAAUGAAAGAUCUUUUGUUUAAAGCUGAAAAUAUCCCAGGAUUAGGUUUAAAAUUGUACAAAAUUACAAAGAGUUCCACUAUCAAAACCACAACAACCAAAAUAGAUAAUCCCAAAGAAAAAUAUGUUGCUGGAGAUGAUCUAAAUGGUUUUGAAAUGGAUACAACCACCAAUCUUUUGAAAUCAAUUACGUUAAAUGGAAAUACCGUGGAAGUAACUCAAGAACUUAUGUAUUAUAUUGGUGCAAUUGGUGACAAUUCCGAAUUCGCCAAACGAGCGUCAGGUGCCUAUAUCUUCAGACCGGAUCCUAAUUAUCCAGAUGCUUUAUCUUUCCCAAAAGAAAACAUUAAAAUGGAAAUUUACAAAGGAGAUUUAGUUGAAGAAGUUCAUCAAGUAUUUAGUUCUUGGGCUAAACAAAUUAUAAGAUAUUACAAAGGAGAAAAUCACGUCGAAUUCGAUUGGUUAAUAGGAAACAUUGAUAUAGACGAUAAUUUACCAAAAGAAAUCAUCAGCAGAUUCCAAACAAACAUAGAUAGCAGAGACACUUUCUAUACGGAUUCAAACGGAAGAGAGAUGGUUAAACGAAUUAGAGAUCAUAGAGCAACUUAUCCUCUUCGCGAAUACAGCGAACCCGUUGCUGGAAAUUAUUAUCCGAUUACAUCAAGAAUUUCUAUCAAUGAUACGAAAAACAUGGAUUUUGCCGUUCAAAAUGAUAGGGCUCAAGGCGGUAGUAGUUUAGCAUCUGGACAAGUAGAGUUAAUGUUGCAUAGAAGAUUAUUAAGAGAUGACGCAUUCGGUGUUGGUGAAGCUUUGAAUGAAAUGCAAUACGGUAUUGGAUUGUAUGCAAGAGGACAAUUGUAUGUUACAUUUGGAAAAACAAAACCAACAGAUGGUGAAUCUUCCGCGAUAGCAACUCAAAUUGAUGUGGCGCAAAGAAAAUUACUUGCCCCGUGGACUUUCUUAACGAAUAAUGUUAAUCUUUGGAGUUCUUUAAAUAAGGAGUACUCUGGUAUUAAAAAAGUUUUACCACAAAAUGUACAAAUUCUCACAUUAGAACCGUGGAAAUCUCUUGAAAAAACUUUGUUAAUACGCCUUGAACACGUUUUUCCAAGAAACAACGAUGCCGAAUUAUCUCAAGCAGUGACAGUGGAUUUACAAGAUUUAUUCACCAAUUUCGAAAUUAAUUCAAUUCGAGAAAUGACUUUGGGAGGGAAUCAACUGCUUGAAGAAAACGAACGUUUCCGCUGGACUGGUCAGGGUAAUUUAGGAAGUGUUAACGAGAAUUCAAAAAUGCAAGAACUUGUAUAUAACAAACCUGAAUUUGCACUAAAAGAUACCAUGGUUAAUUUGGCGCCAAUGCAAAUAAGAACGUUUUUAGUUACAUUUUAAUUUGUGAUAAUCCAAACAAUGAAGUUGAUGUAAUAAAGUAACUAUGCAAUUAA